AUGGCUAACACAAUUCAUCAAUUGACGCCGGCUGGACGUCUACGAAAGCCAUCAUAUGCUACUCUUGCACAAUGGUGUUGUGGUGUUUCGGUCAAGAUGGAUGGGACGGAAGAUGACUUGGUCUUCGACUAUGAAUCGUUGAGUGAGAAUUUGGCGGACGAAAAUGAUGAGAAUUCCGAAAUAGUGGGUCUUGAUAUUAAUAGUGAAGAAUACGAAGAA